AUGACGGGCAUCCAUCACCAGCGGGUCCUGGCUGGUCUGAGACGAAUACACUGUUUCCGCGACCCGGGGCCGUUUGCGGAGGGCCCAUGUGCGCCUCUGAAUCUCUGUCUUGAGUACAAAAUCAACCGCGCGCUCGACCAAAACGUCGCUUCCGAGCAGCUCCUUCGCUACUUCAAAGAGCAUCCGCGAGAAUCCAUUGGCACGGCUACUUUAGACCGGGUACUGGAGCGUCUGCCUCCCAGGCUGUACCGGGAAUUUUUCGAGCGGCUCCUUGUGUCAGGACACAUUUUUUCGGCCGGCUCCCAGGCCAAACGGCUGCUGACUCGUCUGUGUUCAGGGACCGUUGCCGAGCGAGCGACGUUCUUGCUGAAAACCUGCCAAUACCCGCAGAACCCGUUUUUGAGCCAGUAUUCGGAUGACAUGCGCGUGACCACUAUCAAACGGCUCAACGAAAAGACCUACACACACGAAGCUCUGCUGUUCCUUGGACUUUACAAAUCCACCCUUACACCAGAAAGUAAGCGAUGGCCGCAGUACUACCGGCUGUGGAACGACCUGAUGUUGCGGCACGGGCGCCAUCCCGUGCUGAGCCCGGCGACGAUCCAUUCGAGCAUCGACCUAAUUUUAAGGCACUAUUUUGUCGUCGAACGCGACCUCGAAAAGGGCCUCAAGAUCAUGAACCGCUAUUUUGAAGCUACCGAUACCAAACUCUCGCCAAACAGGAUUGAUGACAUCAACCUCGCAUUUCUCAAGUGCUUGAGUGCUACUCCUGCCGCUACUCCACAGGUCGUUGUGAGCUACGUGCUCACGAUGUAUCCUAAAAGCUACAGUAUUCUAGAACAGGUUGGACUGCUGAGCAUGAUCUACGAAAACCGGUGUGGCCCCGUUUUCAAGCGAACAGAGCUGCUGCUGAAGCCAAAUAUCCGUGAUGAGCUAAUUUGCGGCGAUAGAAUGCCGCCUCUGGACGUGCUGGCAAUAGUAUAUCGCUCGUUGCUAUUUUCGACGCGGCCGUCGAAACUGCAAACCAAGGUGCUUUUCGCGCACUAUCUGGACUUUAUAGACAAUAGCCUUCCGUCAUCGACCGUCGUGCUGGACAUGUUUCUGUCGUACAUGGACAGGGUGCACCAUCGGCCAAUAUUUGCUGCGCGGUUGCUGGAGUCGUUCCUCGAAAAAGGAGGCUUUUCCAAAGCGGCAAAAAUCCACUCUACCGCCGUCAACGCUAUUCUGUCGCGUCUGGCCUCACUCGACGUCUCACGAGCCAUCGAACUGGCCAAUCGGCUGAAAAAUAUCAUCAGCUUCGAUGCGCGUGUGUUUUACAGCUUCGUGUGCAACCUGGACAGAAUUGGCGAGACGGACGCGGCCAGAGUGUUCUACAACAAGCUGCUCGACCACCAGGCGUCUGUUGCGCCCAAUCACGCCAUCAUGAACUUCUCCAAACUCGGCCAUUUGUGCUACAAAAAUAAGUGGCCCGUGCCGCAGCUCAGCCGCGACCCUACGCCAAAACGGCGGUCGCCUGAGAUCGCAAACACGAAAAAGCUCAGCUACACGGAAAUCGUCGACUUUCUCGACGCCAUGCGAACCAACUCUUGA